GUAUGAUCGUCGAGUUGGUAGCUAUCGUUUAUCGCGUUAUCUUAAUUUUUUGUUCGUUCGUUUUUGUUGAAUGUUGACGAAGUGGAAGUUCCUGCUGGUCUUGUUUCUUUCAUUAUUAUUUUUCGUAAUCUUUGGAUGAAGAAUUAUGUUUUAUUAUGUUCCUAUUACCUAAUUAUGGUUUCACAAUGAUCGAUUGUGAUAUCCCGAUCACAUGGAAUAUCGUGACAUUCGUGACUCUUGGUGAUAUUUGAUUUUCUUGAAUUCGCAAACAAUCGGUAGAAAGUCAGUUUUCAUUGGUUUAUUCGUUUUUUUUUUUUUGAGUUUGUUAAUAUAACAACAGAAUUACUUGAGUUGGGCCCUUUUGGUUUUCAUAGAUAGUGUUGACUGUUGAUAGUGAAUAUGAUUGAGAAUGAGAACUGACCGCGUGAAAAUUAUGGACAUUUGAUCGCCGAGUAUUCGAAUGGAAAGUAAUAAAAUCUGUUUUUAAGGUGACUGUGAUGUGACCUGCUUCCUUCAUCAAGACAAGAUAUCAAGGUUUCCAUUUGUAGCGUCAAGAUUUUCCUCGGAAGAUCUGACCACGAUCGAUAAAUGCAUGAAGCAUGAAGAUGCGAUGAAAUUAAUCCUCAUUUUCACCCAGUUAUGGAUCGCAGUGAUAUCCACCGGUAAAACAGGAAUUAACAAUAAAUAUGAAGAUGAACAUCUAACAUCAUUACUGAAGCACUUCAUGUUACUGGAACCAUCAUCAGAAUCAGAUCUAGAAGCCGAGCAAACGACAACGGAACAAUUGAAUUUACCAUUUUUCGAAGACAUGAUAGAUGCGAUAAAUGUGACUUCGCAGUUCGGAAACACGGUUAUAUUACACUGCAGAGUGCACAACUUAUUGGAUAAAGUGGUAUCCUGGGUACGUAGAAUGGGUGAUAAGAUGCAUUUAUUGUCAUACGGUCAGCAAGUAUACAGCAGCGACGAACGAUACGAAAUGAAUUUCCACCAACCGAACGAUUGGCAGCUAAGAAUUCAAUAUGCGAAUGAAAGAGACGAAGGACAUUACGAAUGUCAAGUAUCAUCUCAUCCGCCCGUAGUAUUUCACGUUUAUUUAAAAAUCAUAGUUCCAGAAUUAGAAAUCGCCGACGAACGAGAAUUGCCGAUUAAAAAUAAAUUUUAUAACGUAGGCAGUACGAUCGAACUAAAAUGCGUUAUAACCAAAGUACCGCAUCAACCCAAUACAUUUAUCACGUGGAAACACGGUACUAGAAUAUUAAAUUAUGACACCGUCCGGGGUGGUAUAAAAGUGAAAACGGAAAUAUUACCAGACGGUGCACAAAGCAGAUUAUUCGUUGCCAACGCAAAACCAACUGAUUCCGGAAAUUAUACUUGUUCUUUGGCUGAUGUAGCUGCGACAUAUGUUUCAGUACAAGUUCUCAACGGCGAAACUCCAGCCGCCAUGCAACACGGAGGAAGCAGUAUUCAUCCUAAAUUUAAUUUCGCCAUAUUUGUCAUUAUCGUAUGGAUAUUGGAUCAAUUUCGGUGACAGAUCGAGUGAAUUUAAAAUCGAAAUUUUUUAAGAAUCGAAUCAUUUUUUUCAUACAGCUUGUAAUAAAAACGUGCAUUUUUUGGUGUAAAAACAUUCGAAGAAACGGUACCUACUCCUCCUACUAGGUUAACAUGUUUCAUAAAAAAUGCAGAAUUUCUAACGAUUUGAUGGUAAUUAUUUCCUUUUUAAAGUUCUAAAUAUUGUUUGUCAUUUUUCGUUGAAAAAUUGAGAAUUUUCACUCGUUAUUGUUAAUUUUAAAUUUUGAAAAAUGAUAAGAGAAAAACACGUUUAAAAACUCCGAACUUAUCAAACGACAAUUUCUAUAAAAAGAUUAAUCAGUCUGGCGAGUAAAUUCAUAUUCUGUAGAAAUUCUGCGACGAAGUUCUUUAGAUGUUCUAAAUUGAACCCAUUAUAUUAUUCUACAGCUGCCAUAAAAACUACGAUGAAAAUGUUUGUUAUUAUUCCUUGUAUCAUCGAAAGUUUGACGAAUAACUGCGUAAUGUUUUAUCAUUUUUCAUUAAAAAGCAAGACUGAAAACAUUUUUCCACUGAAAAAAAAAAAGAAGAAAAGAACAACAUAAGUACUACACAGUAAAUACAAAUAUUCGUACGAAGAAGUUUCUCGACGUUGAAAACAAACUUCGUACAAAUUUUGUAUUUUUAUUUAUUGAUGGAAUUUUUGUUUGUUUUUAUUGUUAACGCGUAUUAUAGAUUUUAAAUUGAUGUAUUCAAAUUAUCGUUGAAAGAGAGACAACGUCUAACGUCGAAAAAAUCUUAUUGAUUACCAUUUUAUGAUUUCAAUUUGUAUCUAUGUAUGUACUUCUACCAAUACGCAAGUUUUAAACUGCAUUGAUGAUUGUUGCUUUUUUUUAAUCUUGUUUUCUGUUUGUUUUUUUCGAAUUCUACAUUGAAGACCAAUUAUGAAUUUCUAUCGUUUUUCAACUUAUAUCUUUGCUGUUAUAGCGAAAGUAUCAAAAUGUAAAAAUAUUUCGAUAUACCUAAGGUGAACAUUUAUGUGAUUGAUUGAAAAUUCCAAGUAUUAUGAUUACGAAGCCCUUCAGACCUAUUUGGUUCGAUUUUCACCGUCCUAUCGUUCUUUUUUAAAUCGUCAACUCAUUUACGAAGAAAAAAAUGAAACCAAAGGAGUAACGAUUUAAAAAUUUAGUCUUUUUACUAAAUAAUGAAUCAAACUUCACGUUAUUUUUUCUCGAUGUAAUCAUACGAAUUUUUAAGCAACUCUCUAUAUCACAUUGAUACUUCGAUCGAUGGCUUCAAUUGUAAUUAUUGUAAGUACAUUUGUUUUCUGUAAAUAUUGCCUCAACGUUGAUGUGUAUUAAUAUGAACGUAAUAUACUAAUUUUUUUUCUAAAA